GAGAAUGGCUGUACGACAUCAUAGAAUGGAGUGGACGCAGUGGACAUGACCUGUUCCACCUGGCACAAGAUCGGAGACAAUGGAAAAACAUUAUCCGAUCAGUGGUUGGCCCCAACGGGUGAUAAACCCAUGGGACAUAGUGAAUAGUGAGUUGGGAGUGACAGUUUGAUAAAUGAGAAUAUGAUAACUAAAUACUUUUUAAUGAAAUUGUAUUCAUUGGAAUACUGAGUUGAUUUCACGAUAUAGACGAGUCCAUAAUAAAUGAAUAACUUAUAGGAAUAUUUUUUCGAUGUGUUUUGAUUAUUUCAGAGAAAUUAUUGGAUAUUGAAAACAGAUGAGAAUGAAUACGAGGUAUAUUAAUUGUUGAGAGAGGGAAGAUUCUUUUCAAAAAUUUUUCUUUCUAAUGAAAAAUAUCAUUGAAAUUCAUUAAAUAAAUACAUUAAUUCUAUUUAAUUAAGUAUUUGAAAUUAAUAAUAUGAUUCAUAGAUUGAUAACAAAUUAAUAAUCCUAAUCAAAUUUUAUUCCAAAAACAAUGUGCAGAAAAGAAAUAAUUGAACCAUUGUUUUGGUAUAAAUCAUGUUGUGACUCUUAUUCGAGCAGGAUUUUUAAUAAUACAUGUAUACGUGUAUUUCAAGGAAGAAAAACAGAUUUUAAAAGUUUUCGGAAGAUCUCAAACAAUUGUAAAUUUUACUCUACAUAUACAUUUAUAAAAAUAAAAAAAACAAGCUGAAAUUCUAGAAUAUAGUAGAUCUAGAUACCUAGUGUAUGUACUCAAAGCGUAAAUCGUUUCAACUCUUGGAAUAUAACAGAAAAUAAUAUUGUUUGAAAGAAUUACAACUUAUUUUAAAUCUGUUAAACACAGUUCACAUCACGAAUUUUCUUGCAAUAUAUAUUAUAAUAUGAUGAAAUCUGAUUGUCAUGGUAUUCAUAUAAUUUUCUUGGAAAUAAGAUCCGUUCUGUAACCGUUUCAAUAAAAAUCUACAUUGUCAAAUAUUUUGAGUAUCAAGAGACAGUUUUAUAGAUAAAUUUCGACAUGAUAAUUGUUUUGUUUUGAUUUUUGUAGAAAUAUCUUCCUAAGCGCCAAAAAUCGGUUAGAAUGAUCAGAACUCUAUAAGAGAAUAGUAUGCCAAGAAAUUUUUUUUAGACUUCCUCUAGACCCCUCAAGUUCUGAUUAUAAGUCUAACUUCACCUUGAUUUUUCGAUUGGAUGUUCCCUUCUUAAUUCUAGAGAAGCACAUAUUUUCUACAAUAAUUCAUAUAAUACAUUUUCUUUCUAAUUCUUUAUUAUCAAAGUGCUUAUAUUGAUCUUAAAAGGCAUCUCUUCUGAUAUCUAGAUAACCAAUAAUUUCCAUAAAAUUCUCCUAUGAAACAUUUUUUUAAUUUAUUAUAUCGACAUUUAUUUUUCUUUUCACUCGAAAUAUUUUCAGCUUCUAUAGUAAUUAGUACAGUAAUAAAGAUAAAAACUAAAACAUUUUGCACAUGGAAAAUAUAUUUUUUUUUUAUGAAAAUGAUUCUUUCAUUCAAUAUUCGCUUUGAAAUCUAUGCAGAAUAAAUCUUUACGAGAAUGUAAAAAUAAAAGAACUUUCAUGCUUCUGACAAAUGUAGAUAAGACAAAAGAACAACAAGUAACAUUUAUAAUGAUAAGAUGUAAAAGAAUCUAAAAACGCUAUUAAAAUCUUGAUUUACAGAAGAGCAAAUACAUUAACUUUCAUGAGUUACCAUUGAUAACAAUCUACCUAUGUAGUUAAAUCAUAAAAAAAUUGACAGCAAGAAGCAAAUCAAAGCUGUGUAAGUAUGAAUAUCAGGGUAAAGUAUACUAAUUAUAAAUUUGUCCUAUUCGAAAAUAACUAUUUAAAAAUAAUUAGUUUUUGAUAAUUGGUGCAGUAAUUUCAAUUGUAAUUGCUCUUGGACUUGGCCUAAUCAUUGGGCAUUUCGGUAUAUCUAAGAAAACAAGUGACAGUUCUUGGAAAUAUCAUCGUCUCACAAAACCAGCUGAUCCAAAAAACUUUCAAACAUUUAUCGAUUCUAUUCAAGCAGCUAAUAUUGAAACAAAUCUUAAAGAUCUCACUUCACGUCCUCAUAUAGCUGGUCUACUUGAAGAUUUACAAAGUGCACAAGUCAUUGAAGAACGCUGGAAAGUUGAUGGCUUGCAAGUAAUUAAACCAAAAUACAAUGUUCUACUCUCUUAUCCAAAUGAUACUGAGCUUAAUAGAGUUAGUCUUAAACUUUCUAAUGGGACGAUUACAUUUCAAACAAGUGGAACUGAAAAAAUCUAUGACUCAACACAACCAAAAACAGUCAAUCCAUUUCUUGCUUAUACACCUAAUGGAACUGUUUCUAGUACAAAACUAUUCUAUGCUAACUAUGGUGAACUCGAAGAUCUUCAUAAAUUAGCAUCAAUAGUGGGAAAUUGUAGUCUUAACGGUAGUAUCAUUAUUAUGAGAUAUGGUCGCAUUUUUCGAGGAGAUAAGAUAAUGCAUGCUCAAUAUUUUGGAGCUGUUGGUGCUAUAUUAUACAAUGAUCCGGCGAAUUAUGCUCCUUUGGGAACAGAACCUGAUCAAGUCUACGAUCAAAAGUGGUAUAUGCCUUCAAGUGGUGUACAGCGAGGGUCAGCCUUCACUUCAAAUGGUGAUCCUUUGACUCCUAUAUAUCCAUCGACAGAGGAUAGUAUCAGCUUUCUACCAAGAAUUCCAGCUCAACCAAUUGGUUACAGUGAAGCUGAGGUUAUUCUUCAAUAUUUGCAAGGCAUUGAAGUAGAUGCUGAAUGGCGAGGAGGUUUACGAAAUGUAACAUAUCGUUAUGGUGGAGAACUUCGUGACGCAUCAGAUGCCUGGAAUUUGGGUUCGGUUGAUCCAACGAGUGGAACAGCUACUAUGCUGGAAAUAACGCGAGUAUUGGGCCAAAUGUACAAGAAUGGAUUUCGACCAAGACGUAGUUUAAUGUUUUGUUCAUGGGGUGCUGAAGAAUAUGGACUCAUUGGAUCGGUAGAAUACGUUGAGGUUCCAAGUGCAUAUGAUCCUGAUGGUCAAACUAUCUAUGAUAAAUGGAUGAAGGCUGAUCGAAAUCCUGUAACUAAUGAACCAAAAACAAUGGGACAGUUUUGGGGUAUUUUAGCAUUACUUUUAUCAGAAACACCCAUUUUACAAUUUAAUGUGACACGAUACACAACAGCACUUAUGGAAGCUAUGAACAAUCUUCAACCAAAAGAUCCUAGAGUUCUUGAUCCAUUACGAAAUGCCAUCAAUGAUUAUAGUAAAGCUGCUCAAGAUUUUGUUACACGAUCGAAAUCAAUGGAUUCGGAAAACCCAUAUGAAAUUCGGAUAUAUAAUGAUCAAGUAUUACAACUUGAACGUGCAUUUUUGAAUCCACUAGGACAAGGUCGUGAUUAUACUGAUUUUAAACAUAUUAUCUAUGCACCAGCUAAAGGUAAUCAAUAUGCGGCAACUGGUUUUCCUGCUGUCAGUGAUGCUAUUGCCAGCGGUGAUUCAACAGAAAUUAAUAAUCAAGUAGCCAUAGCUGCCUAUUUUGUGCGCGGUGCUUUAUCUAUAUUAAAAGAAGUUCAUCAUUUUUUUUCCAAUUAUUAA